ACGUCACCCGAACAUCACAGCUCGCUUCGUAAGUUCGUGGUCAAGAAAUUGUGUUGAUGUGCAAGAACGCAUGGAAAAUUUGUAAUAAAAUGUGAAAAAUCCUGAAAAUAUAUUUUUAUUUUGCUAAAGCGUGUGAAGAAUCAGUUUUUACUAAAUCGUAUUAAAUGCCGUUACCUCUGGGCAACAAAUUGUGGCGAUAUUCCGAGCCACUAUAUCAGCAGCGGCACAAAAAACGAAAACAAUUCACUGCAGCAGCAGAGGUUGUAGCAGAAGUUAUAGCAACGUAGGGUUGCGUAGGGGCAUAGCAAGCGCAAGUGCAUUGAAAAAUUCUCGAAAAAGAGGUGAACUGCAAUUACUCUUGACGAGAAAUCCCCAGAGAGGUUUUUCAAUUACAUGUGUUUAGGUAAUAUUUUACGCCAGCGAAUUCGAAUAACUAUAGUAUUUAUGUGGCACAUUUCGGCAAAGUGGAAGUGGCAAACAGUGUAUUAUCUAUUGUCGUGUUAACACUCACGUCCGUGCUCCCACUAUUGGCGCUUUGAAAACUACGCAGUGAAAAUCGCUGUCGAAGAGGUAGGGGGCCAAGGUGUUUAGAAACGAUCUGGCGGUAAAUUCAUCGAUUUUUGUUAUUGCCUCUGUGUAAGUUUGCGGACAGUUUAGAAAACUUGAGGAACACCUAAGGAAAGGAAGACAAAACUAAACUAAGAAGUAUAUGUAUUUAAUAAAAAAAUGGAAAAUACAAAGGCAACGGCACAUAAAUUAGACUUGCAAACAGGGUGUAAUGAUAGUGGCGAAAAAACAGCCGUAACACUAGAACAAAACAAAGAAACAGUAGCACAGGUGAAGUCGCAUGAACCUGUCAACGGUCAGCUUAAUGCAACAUCAAAUGUUGAAAUGAAUGCACUUGACGGAAGUGGAGGACAAGGUGCAGGGAAAGAACACAAAAUUCCACAUUCCAUUGCGUUAAGCCUAGAAACCCCACAAGAGGAUGUUUCACAAAAAGUCACAGAUAUUGACAUAAAAUGCCGAAAUGAUAAAGAUAAAAAUCAUGAAAAGAAAAAGAAGGAAAAGGAUCGGGUAAGAGAUAAUGGGAAAGAUAGAGAACGAAACCGGGAUCAUCGUGAUGGCGAUAGAGAUCGCGGGAGUAACAAAAAUAAAAUUCGUGAAAAAGAACGAGAUCGAGAACGCCAUCGGGAUAAGGAAUCAACAAAACAACGUUCUAACAAAGAACUUAGUUCUCAUUCGCGACCUUCGACGUCUUCCACCAGCAGCGAUAAAACCAGAGAAGCCACUCAUAAACAAGAAAAGUCAAAGCCUAGCACCAAGUCCAGCUCGUCUUCUAAACGUGACAAAGACAAGGAGAAGGUAGUUUCUGCAUCAUCUUCUGCAAGUUCCUUAACAGGACAUAGACGUCGUAGUUCUGAUAGCAGCAGGGGUAGUCACAGUAGUUCAACAAAAUCACAUAGUCGUACACGCUCUAUAAUAAUGAAAGAUAUCGUAGUUGGGCCACAGAAAGUCGAUAUAGAUAAAUCAAUAUUACAAACAGUAAACACAAUCAAAGUGGAAAUGAAGGAACCAGAAAAUAAAAUACUUGAAAAACUAUCAGAUGUUUUGAAAAUUAAAAGCGAAAAUGAGAACCAGUUUAAUACAUCUGAAGUGCACCAAUACAAAAUAAAUGAAGCUAAUAAAAACGAAGGUACGUUAGAGAAAGAUUUCUCAUUACGAAUUUCUGCCACCGCUGUAGAAGGUGACGAAAAAUUAAAUAACGGUAUAAGCAUGGUUGAUUUUACUAAACUUAUUUCUGAUGACACUGCAGCAGCACUAAAACAGGAUGUAGUUGAUAUAGAAAAGCUCAAAACAGAAUGCAAUGGUAACAUUGUGAUUGAGAAUAUGGCAGGAGGAAAAAUUAGCUGCACACCAGCAGCGUCAAGAACUCGCGAUGACGUUACGCGCCAAUUGAUUUUCAGCAACGAACCCAAUGCGAAUUCCACACAGAAAGAGGUAAAGAGCGAAACACUUAAUGAGAAUCGCGUGAUCUCACAUACUACGUUAAAAACCACAUCGGGGAAUAAAUCGUCUAGUAGCAACAUGCAUUCGACGUCUGCCCCUGUAUACAGUUCGAGUGCUCGCAAAUCUUCAUCAUCCAGUAAUAAUUACCAUAGAAAAAACUCAACUUCUUCAUCAUCUUCAAACACGAAGCAUUCAACAUCGUCAACGUCGACAUCAACACCGACAUCUACUUCAUCAUCUCGCAGUCGUGAUUGUUCUAAAUGCUACAAAAGAUCUAAGAUACGUCGUGCAAGUGUUGGAACACAAUUUCACCAAAAUAAACCAUUCGUUUUUAGUACUCCACGACGGCGUCUGCAACGUCCACCAGAAGGUUUGGAACACCUCAAAUAUGGAAGAUUAUUUGAAAUAGAAGUACAUCCAAAUGGGGGCGCUUCUGUUGUACAUCUCUAUCAAGACGAAUUAGAGCAACUAUCUCCGGAAGAGAUGGAAGAAUUGGUGGAGGAGUUUUUCAAUGUUUGCUUAGCGGAAGAUGAUCAGGGAUAUGCAUUGCAUGUCAUGGGUAUUGUUCAUGAUGCUGCACGUUAUCUGCCCGAUUUAUUGGAACAUAUGGCUGAGAAUUAUUCAACGUUAACGGUAAAAGCAGGCGUUCUAGGACGAAACUCCGACAUUGAGACAUGCACAAUGGCACAGUACAACGAACAGGUUGUGCGAAAUUACUCCCAAGGCACAUUUCGUUAUGGACCAUUGCAUCAAAUAAGUUUGGUUGGUAAGGUGCAUGAAGAGGUGGGUGGAUAUUUUCCAGACCUGUUGGGUCGCAUUGAGUCCAAUCCUUUUUUGAAGAAGACUAUGCCUUGGGGUUCAUAUUCGAUUUUACAAACCGAUCCUCGCCUCUCCAAUGAUGGGCCAAUAUUAUGGGUACGCGCAGGCGAGCAGCUAGUGCCUACAGCGGAGCUUAAUAGUAAAACACCAAUGAAACGACAACGUACACGUAUAAAUGAGCUGCGCAACCUGCAGUACCUACCAAGGUUGUCUGAGGCACGAGAGACCAUGAUUGAAGAUCGCACAAAGGCACACGCUGAUCAUGUUGGACACGGUCACGAGCGAAAUACCACGGCUGCUGUGGGUAUUCUUAAAGCUGUUCACUGUGGCCAACCAUAUACUCACAAUCGUAUUACUAAAGAUGUAGUGGCCUUUGCUGCUCAGGACUUUAAUUACCUUGUAGGCAUCUUGCAACUUGAUUUACAUGAGCCACCGAUAUCACAGUGCGUGCAAUGGAUUGAGGAUGCGAAAUUGAAUCAGUUACGACGGGAGGGUAUUCGUUAUUCUCGCAUUCAGCUUUGCGAUAAUGACAUUUAUUUUUUGCCGAGAAACAUUAUACAUCAAUUUCGGACAGUUACAGCUGUUACCAGUAUUGCUUGGCACUUACGCUUGCGUCAGUAUUAUCCAGGGCAAGAGGUUAUCAAUGAGAAAAAUAAUCCGGUGCUGGCUGAGCCACCGCACUAUAAAGAGAAACAGACCCUGUUGCCACAUCCUGUUUCACAUGAUGAGCAUCAUGGCAAGCGCACUCCAUGUAAACGGUCCUAUGAUGGGAAAGCCAAAAAGUCAGAGUUGAAGACGAAACUCAUCGACACUGAUGGAAAAGAACGGCGUUCAAGUGAAAGUGGCACUGAGGAUUCCAAUUCAAAAGACGGUUCUGAAAUGGGGCCAUCAUCAGCUCGUAAACGAAAAGCAAUCAUGGACGAUAGUAGAAUUGAUAUGCGCAAAACGGUGCUGGAGCACAAAUUGCAGAAGUCAAUGGUGGCUGGCGAUGAACAAGGUGUUCUCGCUACUCUAGCAGCUGAAAGCGGUAGCACGGGGAACAGCUUCAGCGCAAUUAUUUCUGCUUCUACAUCACCAUUGGCAAGUUUUGGCCCAAGUACCAAUGAGAAGCCUUUGAACAAGAACAAAGAAUCCAAGGAUAAACCAUCACAGGAACAGGCUAUAACACCUGAACGACGAAGCAACAGCAGCACAAACAGUAGCUGUAGUACUUUACCGCAUAAGUUGAACACGAAUGGCGAUAUACCAAAUGAUAACAAGCCCAAGAACUUCUCUUUACACUCGGAUACAAAAUCUCAAACACAAGUUUGUGCUCCGAUUGCACAAAAUGUUAUAAAAUCAAACUCAGAACUACUUAAUACGACGACGCUAUACUCACCAACAAUUGCAGCGGCAGCAUCAGUUGCGUCCACAACCACAUCCCAAAAGAUACCCAAACUGCCGGAGCCGACAGUGCCUGCAACACCCUUGCCACUUGUGCCUCAAACGCCCUUUACACAUCGUGAGGCCUACGUAAACAGCCUGAAUCAAAAAGAACCCGAGAUCAAAAUUCAAGUACAAAUUAUAUCCGAUGAGCCUUCUACUCCCUCCGCUACCAUCUCUGACGCUACAUGCCCGACCAACACCAAGUCGAUGUUACCAAACGUACAGUUACCGCACAUAUCCCACACAGCCUCACUGCCAUCAACUAUGGCUCCCCUAGCAACGGAUUCGGUAUUGACUUCUGAAUCAGAGGCCCAAAAUUGCACACUCAGCUCCCAAACAGAUACUUUGAAUAUUAUUUCCGUUGGAACUGACCCCGCGACGCUCUGUCAGUCACAAUUGGUGGUUGACCACGAAGAAGAGGUGACGGUUUCCGAGGAGCUAAUUGAAGUGGCUGCACCUGUGGUUAUGGCAUUUCCUCCGUUGCCGCCUGAGAUAGCACUACCAUUGCCGCCACCGCUACCAAUGUCAACAGUACCACUAGAAAAUCAAAGGGCGAUGCUCGCGGCGCCAGUCGUAUGUGAAGGCAACUAUCAGCAAGCGAGAACAGUUGUAAUUGUUUCGCAAUCUGCGCUACAACCAAUUUCAACCCAACAACCGACGGCGACGCUCAAAACGAAAUCCAAUAACAGCAGCGUUGCAGUUCGAUUGACAACUGGUGCGGCGGAGCAACCAGUGGAACGAAAAACACAUAAAAUCGUAAAAGCGGGCUCCAUAAGCAAGACGUCGACACCAGCACCAGCUGAUCUACUUAGCUCCAUCAUGGCUAGCAUGGAUAAUAGUAAUGUGGCAACCACAUCGACUUCAACGACAAACAGCUAUUCAUCAUCAUUACACUAAAGCGAUGUGCUGAGGCAGUCGAUAAAAGUCGGAACGCGUUUGCGAUGAUGGAAACAAAUUGGUUUUUGCCGGCCGAAAAGCUAUAGUACUGGCUAAUCAACAGCUGAGGAAAUCAAAACUUUGAUAUAAGCGAAGGAAUUAUUCGUUAAGAAAAAAUUAGAGCGAAGAAAUACUGUAAGUGUUGGUCAGAACGUUAACGUAUGACCUUUGAAGCUUAAGCUGUUCAGUCUUUCGGUGUUAGUGUAUGAAAAGAAAAUCCACAUAAGAAAAAAGAAAAAUUAUUGUUACAGAUUGCAGCAUAUUUGUAAAUACUUUAUAUAUUGUAUAACUUUUUAUAUAUUUAUAUAUAUUUAUAUAUAUAUAUAUAUAUAAAUAUAUAUAUCUAUGAGUAGCUUAGCCUGAGUUGUAAGAGACUAGUUUUCCUUAAUUUAUUUACGAUGAUUAUGUACGUCAACAUGUUUUUCUGCUUAACCAAUCUUAACUUAAACAUAUACAUAUACCUAUAAAUAUUUAUAUAUAUAUGAGCAUACAACCACUGUUGAAAAAUUUGGUAUUUCCAUGGAAAUUUGCGUCGAAAUCUUUUUUAGUAGGAUUAGUCGUCAUAAAAUCUUAAAUUGCAAUAAAGUAAAGACUACCAUAAAAAAUUAA